AUGUCAAUGACCUCGGAUAUCCAGGUUUCAUUCGACACAGAUUUUUUCAAUAUCAUAAACAAUGAACUAGUCGACACGUCCUCAAAACGCCGCACAAUAUGUUCAAGCACCAAACAACCAUUGAAGUUCGAGGUUCCAGUUGCUACCAAGGAGGAUGUCGACCGGGCCGUGGACUAUGCAGCUAAAGCCUACCCAUCCUGGAGCAAGCUGUCGUGGGAUAAACGUGCCGAAUACCUCUUCAAGUUCGCCGACGCCAUCGAGGCCAAUAAAGAUGGCUUCAUCAAGCUUCUCAGUCUUGAAGCUGGAAAACCGCCGCAGGCUGCAGCCUUCGAGAUGGCGCUGGUGAUAGGUCUUGCCAGGCAGAUUCCUCUCUUAAGGAUCAAGGAGGAUAGGCCUAUAGAUGACGAGGAGCGAACCGCCAUCGUACGCUACGUUCCCCUAGGAGUGGGAGUCGGAAUCAUACCGUGGAAUUUCCCUCUGACCCUAGGAAUUGGAAAGUUAUUACCUGCGCUAUUAGCGGGUAACACCUUUAUCUGGAAACCAUCUCCGUUUACGCCCCACGGAGCGCUGAAGUUAGCCGAGAUUGGAGCUAAGAUCUUUCCUCCUGGUGUCUUCCAAGCCCUGAGCGGAGAUGACAGCCUGGGUCCUUGGCUUACAUCUCACCCUGGAGUCGCCAAGGUCAGCUUUACUGGAUCAGUUGAGACUGGCAAACGCAUUAUGGCGUCCUGUGCUGGCACACUCAAGCGAGUGACCUUGGAGCUUGGCGGUAAUGAUGCCGCGGUCAUAUGUGAUGAUGUCGACAUACCUUCCGUCGUCAAUAGUGUCGCCUUUCUCAGCUUUGUACAUUCGGGGCAGAUCUGCAUGGCUAUCAAAAGGAUUUAUGUGCACGAGAAGAUCUACGACCAAUUCCUUGCCGAGAUGGUGAAGCAAGUCAAAACAUUCAAGAUGGGAGAUCGUAGUGACCCUGAGGCGUUCUUUGGUCCCGUCCAAAACGAAAUGCAAUAUGAAAAAGUAAAAUCUUUGUACGCAAAGAUAGGUGCAGAGGGUUGGAAAGCAGCAGUAGGCGGAGAGAUAAAAGACAGCGAAGGCUUCUUUCUACCGGCUACGAUUAUUGACAACCCACCCGAUGACUCUGAAAUUGUGCAGCAUGAGCCCUUUGGCCCUAUUGUACCUGUUCUUAAGUGGUCGGACGAAGAGGACGUGAUCCGACGAGUCAAUGAUACGAAACUUGGCCUCGGCGCGUCAGUCUGGAGUAGCGAUGUGCCGAGGGCCCAGCGUAUGGCCGAGCAACUCGAGGCUGGUAGUAUAUGGGUUAAUACACACUUCGAGCUUGCGCCUAGCGUACCGUUCGGAGGGCAUAAGGAGAGUGGCAUUGGAAUGGAUUGGGGAGAGGUGGGUUUGAAGGGAUGGUGUAACCCUCAGGCUUACUGGGUUAAGCACCUAAAACCUAAGUCGGCUAACUUGUGA